GCAAAAGAUUCUUCAUAAAUAUGGUUAAAUCACAAGAAUGUUCAGAAAUACUAAAGCAGACCAAGAAAUACCAAAAAAUAGAUAAGGAAUAGCGCAAAAUUGUCUUAGAGUUGCUAAUAAGGGAAAAAUUAUCACUCCAAGAGGUAUUCGCCAUUUUCCCUAAAUAAUUCAUCUAUAUAUACUACUAUAUAUAUUGUUUAUUCACUAUUCAUUUCUAGGUAGCCAACAAACUCAAUUUAAAGUAUUGUACAGUGAGAACGAUUCAAAAAGCAUAUGAAUAGGAUGGCCGUAUAGGAAAAAAGGAAACCAGAAAAAAGAAGCUCAAAGUGCAGAGCAUACUCAAAGUAUCGGUCUUGAAUCCCCUCACGCUCUAAGUUCAACCAUUGUGCAUUCAAUCUGAUAAUACUUAAAUGUACGUAGACAAGCAGCCAUCUCUGAUGGAUCAACUAAAUUUGGCUAACGAAUAAAAAUAACUCAUAUCAUCCCAAUACCAGAAGCUCACCCAGGCUCUCACCUCAGAAAUUAAAAAAGCCAGUUUAGUCCAACAAUAGCUCUUGCAAAAUCUGUUGCUCUCCUCACAGAUGGUGUUCAAAUAGAUUCUGGACCCAAAGCCUUAAAUUUAAAUCAAGCAGGAAUUCGAUUCAGUAUCCACCAGUCCCUACCCUUUUCAACCAAUCUCAUCCUACCCUUAAUUUUACCCUUUGCCUUAACCUUUUCUCAGAACUUGAUGAUAUUUACACAUUUCGAUCUCAAUCUCCAAUUUAAAUUUCCGAA